AAGAAACCUCCUUUUCCCUUCAACUUGCAGAAGAGGAAGAAGAAGAACUCAAGAAGCGAUAUACACAAGGACACUAAUAAUAUGUUGAUUAUGGAACGGCUGAAAUCUCCUCCUCCUCUCAUGAUCGUCUCGGACCUUGAUCAUACCAUGGUUGAUCAUCAAGAUCAUGAUAACCUCUCUCUUCUGAGGUUCAACUCACUGUGGGAAGACGCUUAUCGCCGUGACUCUCUCCUUGUCUUCUCAACAGCAAGAUCACCAAUUCUUUACAAAGAACUGAGAAAAGAGAAACCAUUGUUGACACCUGAUAUCAUCGUUACGUCCAUAGGAACCGAGAUAGCGUUUGGUAACUCCAUGGUUCCUGACCAUUCUUGGGUUGAGACCUUGAACACCGAUAAAUGGAACAGGGAGAUAGUGUUAGAAGAAACAAGCAAGUUCCCUGAGUUAACUCUUCAGCCUAAAACUGAGCAGAGGCUACACAAGGUCAGCUUUUACAUUGAUGAAGGUAAAGGUGAGGCAGUGACCAAGGAACUUUCACACUUGCUGGAGAAACGUGGCUUAGAUGUCAAGAUCAUUCACAGCUGGGGAAUGAAUCUGGAUGUUAUACCGCGAGGUGGAGGAAAAGGAGAAGCUCUCGAGUAUCUUCUCAAGAAGCUGAAGGCUGAAGGAAUGUCCCCUGUCAAUACUCUUGCUUGCGGCGACUCUGAACACGAUGCUGAGCUAUUCAGCAUUCCUGAUGUUCAUGGUGUCAUGGUGAGCAAUUCUCAAGAAGAGCUAUUGAAGUGGCAUACUGAAAAUGCUUUAAACAACUCAAAGCUCAUACAUUCAAGCGAGAGAUGUGCAGAUGGGAUUCUUCAAGCUAUUGAUUAUUUCAAGCUUGGUCCAACUCUUUCUCCAAGAGAUAGUUCUGAGUUCUUGAAUGGAAAGGCCGAUAUUGCCAAUCCUGGUCAAGAAGUUGUGAGAUUUUACUUGUUUUACGAGAGGUUGAGACGUGGUGAGAUCAAGAAGUAUGAAACAUACAUAGCCAGCUUUAAUGAGGCUUGUCACCAGGAUGCUGUCUUUUUCCAUCCAGCAGGUGGAGAGAAGUCUCUGAGGGACACCAUUGAUGAGCUGAAGAAGUAUAAUGGAAACAGAAGUGGGAAGAAGUUUUGGGUUUGGGUGGAUCAGGUUCGGGUGAUAGACAACAUUCCUGGGAAAUGCAUAGUGAAGUUUGAUAAGUGGGAGCAAUGCGAGGAUGAGCGUAAAUGCUGCACAACUACCGUUGAAUUCAGUUCAAAGGGAGGAGGAUGUUUGGUGUGGGAACAAGUGAAGCAGAUAUGGUCAGAAAAAUCGGAACUGAAUGAUGAAAACAGUUGCUGGAUUAUCUGA